AUGGCUGGAGACCCUGUGAAACGCAACCAGAACCUGUAUUAUCAUUAUCAUCAGGACCAUGGGCAUACCACUGAGGAUUGUAGGAAUUUAUGGAAUCACCUUGAUCAGCUGGUCCGAGAGGGAAAGCUGUGUCACCUUUUACACCCUUCGAGCGACCAUCCGGGCCAGGCAACGCAAGAACCUCAAAAGGAUGUAUCAUUAAGACCUCCUACGGGGACAAUACACGUCAUCCUCGCCGCUCCAGGAAGAACCGGGUCAUUUCCUUGCAGGGUGCUGUCUGUGGCUCGGCUCUCCGCCGAGGACAAGGAAAGAGAAUCUAAAAGGUCUAAAAAGGGAAGCCUUUUAAUAUUGGAAUUCUCGGAUGAGGAUAAAAAGGGAACUAUCCAACCUCAUGACAAUGCCUUAGUGGUUACACUGAGAAUCAAAGGUUUCGAUGUGAAGAGGGUACUGGUAGACCCGGGCAGCGCAGUAGAGGUAAUGUACCCCGAUCUAUACAAGGGGCUGAACUUAAGACCGGAGGAUUUGACGGCUUAUGACUCUCCCCUUGUCAGCUUCGAGGGGAAGACUAUUGUACCAAAGGGGCAGAUCAGAUUACCCAUACAAACCGGGUCAGAGGUGAUAGAGAUGGACUUUAUCAUGGUCAAUGCUUACUCGCCCUACACAGCGAUAGUAGACAGGCCAUGGAUCCAUGCCCUGGAGGCCGUAUGUUCUACACUUCAUCAAAAGGUGAAAUACCCCUUCGGAGGCCGAGUGGAAGAGAUUCAUGGAGAUCAAGCCAUGGCUAGGCAAAGUAUGGUGGCUGCCAUCUCACGCCAAUCCAAUGUUGAGUCCUCGGCUUCCGAGAACUUAUAG